AUGAAGGUGCCAGCUCUCCUCGCCACCGGCAGCGCCCUGCUCGCCGCCGGCGUCACGGCCAUCACGCCCACCAACUUCAUGCGCCUGGUGCCUCCUCCUCUCGACAUCGAGGAAACUGAGUUCGCCGGCAGCAUCCAGAAGCGUGCCACCAACUCGUCAGCCACCAUGGGCAACGGCACCUUCCAGCAGCUCCUGGACCACUCAGACCCUUCCAAGGGCACCUUCAGCCAGUCCUUCUGGUGGAGCACCCAGUACUGGCAGGGGCCGGGCUCGCCCGUCGUCUUCUUCACCCCUGGCGAGAUUGCCGCCGCAGGGUACACCGGCUAUCUGACUAACAGAACCCUCACUGGUCUGCUGGCUCAGGAAAUUGGCGGAGCCGUGGUUCUCCUUGAGCAUCGGUACUGGGGCGAGUCGAGCCCCUACGAUACCUUGACUACCGAGAACCUGACCUAUCUCACGCUCGAGAACUCGAUCUACGAUACGACUUACUUCGCCAACAAUGUGAAGUUCCCCUUCGCCACCAACGCCAGCAGUAAUGCCGACAGCGUGCCAUGGGUGUUCUCCGGUGGUAGCUACAGCGGAGCCCUGUCAGCAUGGGUCGAGAGCGUUGACCCGGGCACCUUCUGGGCUUACCACGCGUCCAGCGCCGUGGUUGAGGUCAUCUACGACUUCUGGCAAUAUUUCGCUCCCGUGCAAGAGGGCAUGCCCGCCAACUGCAGCGCGGACGUGUCCAAGGUCAUCGAGCACGUUGACAGCAUCCUGCUGGGCGAUGACGAGGAGGCGAAGCAGGCCAUCAAGGAGAAGUUCGGCCUUGGCGCUAUCGAGCACGAUGAUGACUUUGCCAGCGCUUUGGAGAACGGCCCUUGGCAGUGGCAGGGACAUGACUUCGCCUCAGGCUACUCCAGCUUCUUCCAAUUCUGCGACAGCGUUGAGAACGUCGGCCCCCUGUACCCGAGCGCAACAGCUGUUCCUGGCGCGGAGGGUGUUGGCUUGGAGAAGGCCCUGGAGGGAUACGCCAAUUGGGUCAAGCAGGAGCUCAUCCCCGGCUACUGUGCCGGUUACGGCUACGACGAGUGGUCUGACGAUUACAAUUUGGAUUGCUUUGACUCAUACAACGAGACCAGCCCCAUCUACACCGAUCUGACCGUCAGCAACCCACUCGACCGCCAGUGGGAGUGGAUGCUCUGCAACGACCCCUUCGCCUUCUGGCAAGACGGCGCCCCAGCCGGCACGCCCACCAUCGUGUCUCGUCUCGUGACGGCGGAGUACUGGCAGCGCCAGUGCGGCCUGUACUUCAAGCCGCCCGGCACCUUCGGCAGCGCAGAGGGCAAGACUGUCGAGGACACCAACGCCUACACGGGCGGAUGGGACCGCGCGGGUAACACGACGCGCCUGGUCUUCGUCAACGGACAGUGGGACCCUUGGAAGGACGCCACCGUCUCCAGCGAGUUCCGGCCCGGUGGGCCCUACCAAGGCACCACGGAUGCACCUGUCCUGGUGAUCCCGGGUGGAAUCCACUGCAGCGACUUGUCUAUCACCAACGGCAGGCUGAAUGCCGGUGUCAAGGCUGUCCAGGAUGGUGUGGUUGACCACAUCGUGCAGUGGGUUGGAGAAUUUUACACUGAGGAGGGCAAGGCCGAGCGGGCUGCUCUGAGAAGGAGGUAA